CUGUGGUAACUCGGCCCUUGACAUUCAUGAAAUGGCAAUUACAGGAGCACAGCGACCUUGGCGCUACAUAAGCGAUGCUGUCAGCCCAUACCAUGAUGUGAAACUUAGCGAAACAAGUUCUACGGCAACGACAUAUUAGCGAACAAGCAGAGUCCUCCUUCUUCACAACGGCCAAACCACAAGCGGUGUGUACACCGUGUUCUAUGAGGCCACUGGCCCUUCAGGACAGAAUGUAUACUGCGACAUGGACACUGACGGAGGAGGUUGGGCAUGGUCUGACCGACGCACCGGCCCGUGCUACGUACUGGAACAGCCGGCCGUUAGCGGUGGGCGACAAGAGUGGUAUGGGAUCGAGGGCCGGCUGGAAUCUCAAUAGGUAUAGUGGAAAAAUGGACUGGAGAGUGCCAAGCAUCAGCCUGAUGAUCUUGUAUUCGGCUUUAAGUGCAAGCGGUGUCGAGGCUGCUGUUGUUGCUCCACCUGGCUUAGUCCAAGCCGAAGAACGCAUGAAGGAGCUCGUGGACCUCUUCUCCGACAUCAGAUGCAGUAUACGGCCCCGCCAUUGCGCGGACAAUUUCCAGGCCGGUCAGACGGUGAGUGGCCUGUACAAAAUAUUUCUUGGCAAAGACGACGUCACAGGGAAAGUGGUCUACUGCGACAUGGACACAGAUGGAGGAGGUUGGACGGUCAUUCAGAGGCGAGGGCAGUUCGGCAACAGCGUUUACUACUUCUACCGCAACUGGACGGAGUAUGCCACCGGCUUUGGCGACCCUGCCAAAGAAUACUGGCUCGGCAACAGAGCGCUACAUACUUUGACGUCGACUGCAGAAAGCAUGGAGCUGAAGGUUGUUUUGACGAAUCACACCGGUGAAAACAUCUCUGUCCUCUACGAAAGCUUCAAGGUCGGCUCGGAGAAAGCACACUUCAAGUUGUUGAUGGGAAGCUACUUUGGUCCUCGUGGCUGGGACUCGCUCUACAAUUGCAACCACAGCAAAUUUUCCACUUUCGACCAGGACCACGACAACACGGAAUACCACUGUGCUGAGAAGUACCGCGGCGGCUGGUGGUACAACAAUUGUCACUCGGCUAACCUAAACGGUCUCAAUUUAAACGGCCCGCACGACAGCUACGCCGACGGCAUCGAGUGGAGCAUCCGGAAUGGCGUAGGUUUCCUGUACCACUACUCUUAUCCCAGUGUGACGAUGAUGAUACGACCCGUCACACUGAACAAAAAUCACGAGAGUGGGUACCUUUAAGAAACUAAAUCUUUGCAAAACAGGAAUUGUAAAGGAGUUUUGGCAGGCUUUUGCCUAAAUGUUUUGUGGACGCUUUAGGGGCACAUUUUCCAGCCGUAUGCACAUCUUAAGCCUUGUAUCAGAAAGUUUUGUCAGAAGUAUAUCACAAAAUUGUGUAUUCAGUAUUGAAGUUCGUCAUCCCUUGUGUUUCAAAAAAGUUACUUUGCUUGGGGGGCACAUCUCGCACUGACCCAUCAGGUAUAAUUCAAGGCACGCUUCAGGAACAGGAACGCUUCAAAGUGUCUCGACUUCUAUUGUCUCCGCUUUACGAAUGUACCUUGUGCGAUUUGACAUAUACAUAGUGCGUUUAAUCCGUAUACUGUGGUAAUAUGCAUUACGAUUAACACACUACUGCCGCAUUUGUGUCACUGUUAUGUUCUUAAAUGACGUUAACUUAACGCCUGAGAUAGGCAAUCAUCAGUGUUCAGGCGUUGAAACAGCCAAUCUACGGGCGCAAUUGGUGAUUCUGGUCUACGUACAGCACUUCUAGAGCUUCAUUAUUGCAGCAGCUUACACAGGAUUGUUGGCUGUAAUUGCUGACACUGCAUUUGCCCCUCCUGGUAAAACAGACGCGUGUUCCACAUACCUGCAUAUGCCUAUACGUGGCCCUGAACAGGUCUGCCUUAUGAUUUCUCAACCUACCCACAACAAAUAAUGCAGAUAGCUACGGCUUGGUAUUUCUUCUCAUAGAAAUGUUCCAAAGAAACUCACUUCUGACAAUUCUCACGCUACGGAACUUGUACACUUAUUAAAGCAGAGAUACACUAGGGAAACAAUACAGACAGUAUUGUGAGCUGGGUGUUUACUUAAAAAUUCCACUGCUUUUCUAUCCUAUAUUGUGCCAAAUUCCUGUGUUUAUGCUUUUGUUCACAAGUAUACUUUAAUAAUAUGUGAUUGCAUUGUUAAUCUUUAUGUAACGAUAUUAAGCGGCAACAUUUUUUACACGUGUGGUCCUUUUUGAGCGCUGUAUUUGCGUAAAGAGGUCAGUUGCAAGCCUCAUAGAAUACAUGUUUGACAGGAGUGGCCAUAUCGUUUGUAUGCUUUUUGAAAAUAAAGUUUUUUCGCUUCUAUGGCCGUUAAAGAGCCAAUGCACGCA